UUCUCCAAACAAGCAAAAAAAAUGGCAUUGAGCAACAAUGUGAUAGGUGCAAUCAACUUCGUUGCCAUGCUGCUCUCGAUUCCGAUUAUCGGUGCCGGAAUCUGGCUCGCCAAUCAACCAGACAAUUCAUGUAUGAAGAUCUUCCAAUGGCCCAUCAUAACGUUAGGGGUCUUAAUCUUGGUUGUAGGUCUAGCAGGGUUUAUAGGAGCGUUUUGGCGCAUCCCUGUGCUCCUUACGGCUUACCUUGUUGCCAUGCUCGUCCUCAUCAUAUUGCUUGCAUGCUUGGUUAUUUUCAUCUAUGCUGUAACCAUUAGAGGCACGGGCCACGCCGAACCCAGUCGGGCGUACUUGGAAUACCAUCUCGAAGAUUUCUCGAUAUGGCUUCAACGAAGAGUCCGAAGUUCCUACAAGUGGGAAAGGAUAAAAACAUGUCUGAGCUCAACACAGAUAUGUCCUUCACUGAACCAGAGCUAUUCAUCUCCUAUAGAUUUCUUUAAUGCUCAUUUAUCUCCCAUAGAGUCCGGGUGCUGUAAGCCACCAACGGCGUGUGGUUACACAAUUGUGAACCCAACAAAUUGGAUCAGCCCCAUCAGCAACAUAGCAGACCCCGAUUGUGUUCGGUGGAACAAUGACCAAGACCAGCUCUGCUACAGUUGUAAUUCUUGCAAAGCAGGGCUGCUCGCAAAUCUGAAGCAAGAAUGGAGAAAAGCCGAUAUAAUAUUGCUUAUAACUCUUAUUGCUUUGAUAUGCGUGUAUGUCGUAGGGUGCUGUGCCUUUAGAAAUGCCCAAACCGAGGACUUGUUUAGAAAAUAUAGGCAAGGUUAUUCGUGAGGGAAACAAGGUUAUUUUAAAGAAUAGGGACUAAAACCCCAAAUUGA